CCAUUAAAUGUCUUUUACCAUUACCGGGCACGGGUAAUGCCUACUCAUCUUCAGCCCGCUGUGGUCAUUUUUGGAGCGCACUGCCAUGAGUAACACGGACAAAAAAGAAGAACAAAGCGAUUUAUUCGCCGGUUUCCACACGGCUUAUAAAUCCUUUGCAACAGAUGCCAUCCACGUCGGUCAGGAGCCGGAGCAAUGGAAAUCUAUGGCUGUAGUACCGCCGAUUUCCCUUUCUACCACGUUCAAGCAGCACUCUCCAGGAAAGCACGCUGGCUUCGAGUACAGCCGGAGUGGAAACCCUACCAGAAACUGCCUUGAAAAAGCCGUAGCUGCACUGGACGGAGCAAAGUACUGCCUUGCUCUCGCUUCAGGACUAGCGGCCACAGUGACGAUCACUCACAUGCUCAAGGCAGGCGAUGGAAUCGUCAGCAUGGAUGACGUGUACGGAGGCACAAACCGCUACUUUCAAAGAAUCGCAGCUGAAGUCGGCCUGGAUGUGUCUUUUGCUGACUGCACAAAACCCCAAUUGCUCAAGGCUGCCUUGAAGCCAAAUACUAAGCUGGUGUGGAUUGAAACACCCACCAACCCCAUGAUGAAGGUGGUGGACAUCAAGGCCUGCUCCGACUUGGUCCACGAGCACAACAAAGACAUAGUGGUGGUCGUGGACAACACCUUCAUGUCGGCGUAUUUCCAGCGCCCCUUGGCUUUGGGAGCUGAUAUCUGCAUGUACUCAGCCACCAAAUACAUGAACGGCCACAGCGAUGUGGUGAUGGGUCUCGUCUCCAUGAACAGGGAGGAUCUGUACGAGCGACUGAAGUUCCUGCAAAAUGCACUGGGUAGUGUGCCGUCUCCUUUUGACUGUUUCCUGUGUAACCGUGGAUUGAAGACCCUUCACCUGAGGAUGGAGCGGCACUUUAAGAACGCCCUGGCUGUUGCCAAGUUUCUGGAGGCUGAUCCGAGGGUGGAGCGCGUCCUCUACCCAGGCCUGCCGUCUCACCCCCAGUACGAAGUGAUGAAGAGACAGUGUACUGGGUGUCCAGGGAUGAUUGCCUUCGACAUUAAAGGGAAACUUGAGCAUGCUACUACCUUCCUCAAUAACCUCAAAAUGUUUGCGAUUGCAGAAAGCCUCGGUGGAUAUGAAAGUUUAGCAGAACACCCGGCGAUCAUGACCCAUGCAUCAGUGCCAGAAAAUGAGAGGAAUGUGCUGGGCAUCAGCGACACCCUGAUCCGGCUCUCCGUUGGCCUGGAAGACGAAGCCGACAUCAUUGAAGACCUGGAUCAGGCACUGGCUGCUGCUCAUCCAAAGAAGUGAAAUGUCUUCAGAGGGUGGAGGAGUCAAAUUUGGGAUGGAAGACCCGAGUUUCCAACAUGUGGGACCUCAGCUCAGUGAUGUCGCCUGUCAGGGAAGCUCAUCCUUGGGGGGGCGCUGAUUUUUAGACUGGUUUUACUUUGUUUUCAUGUUUGUUCUGUGCUUUGUUUUAAUUAGGAUUUUUUGAAGGCUUUAAUCAGGCAAAGUCCUGCUCAGUUAAGAUUGAUGAAGCACGAGUUACUGCUGGAACAAUGUCAUACAGACAUUUUUCUGAAUAACCUUGCUGUGAAACUGUGUCUUCAGGUUGAUUCCUGGUAUCGAUGUGCAGAUUUUCAGAUUUAUUUUUUUUGUAUAUGCACUUCCAACUCACAACGUAAAUCAUCCACCUCAGGGCACUUUAGGUGGCAAGAUAAAGACUUCACAAGAUCAUCUGCAAUCUGCCACCUACUGACCAAAUGUUAGAAGUGAUAGUGGCUCUCACAGUUUUGGACAGAGAUUUCUUUUUUUGCCAUGCAGAACAAUUGUUUUACUUAAACAAGAAGGUGAACAAAAAAUACUGCAUGCCCUUUUUGUUUGGCCAAAACUUUGAUAUAAAUAAACUGUCACUAAGAGAGGAGGCAGCUCCAGAUAUCUGCUAGUAAACGUGGGAGGGUUUGGUAUGCACAAGUGAAGAAGUUCCCAGCAGUGACUCCAGUUGAGGUCUGUGUAGAAACAGCUGAAUGUUGUUACAGGAACAUCUCUGAGAAUUAAGCUUGAUAAAGAGCUUUGUGUGUUUUGUUUAAAAAAAAAAAAAAAAAAAAAAGGUUGAGACAUGUCACAACUCUUUUGGGGUUUGUCUGUGCGACAACACACACGCCAUUUGUGCAAUCCACUGUACUCCCACAUCACAGCUCAUCAUUUACUGUAAUCGAAAAAAUCCAUUAAAAUCAGUCCAAAUACAAAUCUGUGCCCGUCUCACUUCCUCUCAACCAUCCUGCUGUACAAGCACAAGUCUUGUGAGUGCAGCAUCAGCAGUGGGGUGGGGGUGCAUGGUGGGGUUUUAGCUGAUGAGGUAGUUGGCAUCCUAAAAAACAAACUAUUAAUGCAAUUUCCAACUUAAGGUGUCAGAUCUUCUGCAGAAGACUGAUCAUUACCCACACGUGCAGUCAGUAAUUUUAUGUAAUUAUUAAAUGGAAAAAAAAUGUAUCGUGUUCAUCUGUAUACAAAGAUUAGUGUGUGUGAUUAUGUCUUCCAACAAAUCGUCGCUUUCUGAUGAACCUAUAAUUUAUCCAUUACACAGAAUGAAGAGCCUUUUUUGGGGCAAUGCUUAUCACAUCCACCUUAACCUUCAAUAACAAGCCUGGACUACUGUGGAAACGUCAUUUCUGUGUGUGGCUCUUGGUGUUUAUUUAACAAAUAUGACUAAUGGAUUAGAUUUCCUGCUAAAUAUAGCAUGUGCUGUCAUCAUUUUAAACAAAUCGGGACUGAAAAUGUGGACAAAGUCUUCACUGUAAGCACAGUAAAAACGACUGCUCUGACCCUUC